CGUAAGGUCGCAGCUCGUAGCGAGCUAGCGAUUCGUGGUACGUGGUAACGGCCUGUCAGUGAACCUCGGACGGAAAUGGGGACGCAAAAGCCCGGGGAAUGGGCGAAUUUAGUGAUCACGCGUUUCGAGGAUCAGCUGCCAUGUCGUUCCGGUCCCGAAAGUCCUCAUUCUCGGGUGAACGAAAAGAGGAGCAAGAGAUGUCUAAUAGAGAUCUCUCGGUUCCGUUUCUCUCUCGUUAUAUCUGGUCUUACGAAGAUGCUGCAGCGAGUCAAUGAGCUUACACCGAGCACGAGCAGUCAGCGGCCGUUCCAAUCCAAAGAGCAAGAUCGGCAGGAGUCCAUCAUUAUCGUUCUGGACACGCUGGAAAAGUGUUUGGCAAAUACACCAAAGGACACAACGAAAUUCGAAGAGGCGAUGAAUGUAAAAUUGUUGCUUCGGGAGAUAUGCCAGUUCAUAGGCAUGCCCUACGACAGUCCACAGACGAAAAUGAUCAGGGAUUUAGCGAGCAAAGUACUGUUCGCUUUAAGUUUGAAUUUCUUCAACGCUGUCUUUAACCGGAUAUCUGCCAGGCUUCAGGAAUUGCCCAAUAGCGGGGAUGAGAAUUCAGAUUAUAGUGACAUUGAGUUGAUGCAGUAUAUCAAUUUCGAUGUCCAUAGAUUAACCAGACUACUGAAUGAAAUUAUACAGAAAGUCCGGCAACUAACUGGCAAGAAGUCAGCGUAUCUCGUGAUUAUGAAUCCUUUGGAGAAAGCUAUCUGGAAUUGGAUGGAUACGUAUUCGCAGGAGUUUACCGAUGUGCAAAGGCAGCCUAACGGGGAUAUUAGUAAGGCGUGUGAGGAGUUAUUCGACAUUCUCGACACGUUUGUCGCCGAGAAGAAAAGUCGCGCAGCCUCUGUUUGGCCGUUGCAGGUGAUGUUGUUAAUACUCUCGCCCAAGGUAUUGGAGAUCGUGAACGCCGACACUGGAUCACCCGAUUCUCCACGGUAUUCGAAGAAGAAGCAGUUCGUCGACAACGUGAAGCGUAAUCUAAGAAUGCACGGUAGCUCUUCUAGUCGCCAGUUGUCUGAGGCUGCUGCUGUCACAUGCGUCAAUCUCAUCAAAGCAGCGACAUAUGUUAGCAACGAUUCUGUCACCAACGUCGUCCUAAUUCUGGCGAAGCAACUGAUGGACGAUUUAAUGAACCUUCUUUUCAAUCCUUCGAAACAAUUUUCACGCGGACAGAAUUAUAGCGCGCAGGACAUCGAUUUGAUGAUCGAUUGCUACGUCAGCUCUUUUCGUAUCGAUCCAGUCAACAACGAAGCUUUCUUUAAGUUUUGUUUGAAUGUCAACUACCCGUCAACGUACCAAUUCGUCCUAGUCAGCUCAUUGUACAAGUAAGUGUCGAAAAUAUUUUCUUUUCAUAUCUGAUCAAGUUUGAUGUCAUAUUUCAGAAUCUUUACACAGCCGAGAUUAUCGUGGUGGCCAGAGACCAGUCUUGUAUAUUCAUAUGGCACAGACCUCAGAAAUAUGUUUACUGAUACCCUGAACAAAAUGACGCAGAACUGUAGUAAUACGCCAUUGCGCAUGAUUCAUAAUUUUUCUCUCAAAUCUAAAGAGGAGAUGGCUAAUUCUAAAAACUUGUUGUUGGUGUUGGUGCGACUCAUUCACGUGGAACCUAUGUUAAUGUUGCAUAAUUACGGCACAGCUGGUCAUGAAAUACAAAAGUCCACUUUAGAGCUGAUUAAUGGACUUGUCUCAUUAGUCCAUCAGCCCACAAUGCCAGAUAUUGCUCAUGAAGCGAUGGAGGCUUUGUUAGAGCUACACCAUCCAGAUAAGAUCAAAGCAUGGAAUCCAGAAGCGCCGCUUGAUACUUUCUGGGACGCCAGUUCGCAAGUUGUCUUCUCAAUCUCUCAGAAAUUGAUUCAACAUCAAAUUUUCAAUUACACAACUAUACUCAAAUGGCUUCACAAGAUACUGAGUUGCAGAAAUGCUUUCCUUUCUCAAUACAAAGAUUACGCGAAUGUGGAGAGCCACGUUGUGAUUAGCAAACAAGCACAUGUUAAACUUGAGGUCAUGUGUUUGAUAUAUUUAUGGAGCAUAGACAUAGAGGCUGUUUUGGUAUCCAUGUCCUGUUUUGCAUUAUUAUGCGAAGAAGCUGAAAUUCUUUGUGGCAGCGAUGGAGUAGCAGUGACCUGUUUGCUUCCCAAUUAUCAGCUGUAUUUAGAAUUGGCGCAAGCUUCGACCGUAUUGAUCUCUGCCCACGGGGACACUAGACUAUAUUAUCAGGAAUAUAAUUACGAAAUUGCUUGGGAAGAAACAUUUAGAAAUUGGGAAGCGACUUCACGGCAGUUGUCCAAUUAUCCUAAAAGCAAAACUGAAGAUGUACAGGUAGAGCCGUUUUGUCGCGGCAAUGUAAAACGGAGAGCGGCGCACCAAAAUUCAGAACACGAAAUGGAAGACCAAAUUAACGAGUGGGCUAACAUGACAGGGUUUCUUUGCGCUUUGGGUGGAGUAUGUCUACAACGUCGUUCACCUAAUAAACCACCAUGUGGUGUAUUCCCUUUUAAUUCGGAGCAUAAAAAGAGUUUGAUAAAACAACAGGAUUCUGUUUCUUCAUCAAAUUCUAAUCAAGAAGCACAAUGUUGUCCAGUGACACAAUUCGUAUUUAACUUAUUACGAUUAUUAAUUUGCAACAAUGAGAAACUUGGUAAUCAAAUACAGAAACACGUAAAGGAGUUGGUCGCACACGAGAUGAGUCCUGCUCUAUAUCCAAUAUUAUUUGAUCAGAUAAAAAAUUUUGUUGAGAAAUUCUUCGACCCACAUGGUCAUGUAGUGAUUUCGGAUUUAAACACACAAUUUAUUGAGCACACUAUAUUUAUAAUGAAAAAUAUUUUGGAUUCAACGACGGAUCAACCAUCGGAAUAUCUUGGAGUGACUAGCAUCGAAGGCAUGAUGUUGGCAAUCGUUAGAUACGUCAGGCACUUGGACAAGACGGUGCACUCGAUUUUAAUUAAAACCAAAUUAUGCCAGCUAGUUGAAGCUAUGAUGAAGAGACGGGACGAUCUUGCGUUUAGACAGGAGUUGAAAUUUCGUAACAAACUAGUUGAAUAUUUAACUGAGUGGGUAAUGUGUACACAUCCUCAUUCUUCAACAACUGCCAACGAUAUCCUAACUUCUUUAACUUUUUAUAGAGAUUUGGAUCAAGCUAGCAUGGAAGCAGUAGGAGCAUUGUUACGUGAAUUGCCUCUACAACCUGAAGAUUCUGAUCGUGUUGAUUUGAUGGAAGCAAAAUCUGAACUUUUUUCGAAAUAUUUUACGCUGUUUAUGAAAUUAAUGAACUACUGUAACGGUCCAUCAUCAACAGCAGAAGACAAAGAUGUUGUGCCUCGGCCUACUUUAACGACUAACAAAGUAGCCAUUUUGCGCAAUACUGCUAUUCAAGCUAUGAGUAAUCUUCUUAGUGCUAAUAUAGACAGUGGCUUGAGGCACUCCAUACAUUUGGGCUACAAUACAGAUCUGCAGACACGAGCCGCAUUUAUGGAAGUGUUGACUAAAAUUCUUCAGCAGGGCACGGAAUUUGAUACUCUUGCCGAAACUGUGCUAGCGGACAGAUACGAACAGUUAGUUCAACUUGUUACAAUGAUCAGUGAUAAAGGCGAAUUGCCUAUCGCCAUGGCACUGGCUAAUGUAGUGACGACGAAUCAAAUGGAUGAAUUGGCGCGUGUCUUCGUGACACUGUUUGACGCAAAACAUUUGUUAUCACCAUUAUUAUGGAAUAUGCUCUACCGAGAAGUCGAGCUAACUGAUUGUAUACAGACUCUUUUUCGCGGUAAUACUCUGGGAAGUAAAAUCAUGUCCUUCUGCUUUAAAAUUUAUGGCACUAGCUACUUGCAAGGCUUACUCGAGCCUCUCAUUACACCUUUACUGGAUAACUCAACAAUUCAUUUUGAAGUAGAUAGUGCAAGGAUUGAUUCUAACGAAAAUAUUGAACAAAACGGUGAAAACUUAAUCAUGUUGACACAAAAAGUGUUCAAUGCUAUCGUAUCAUCGGCAGAUACGUUUCCUCCGCAGUUACGCUCUAUGUGUCAUUGCCUGUAUCAAGUAUUAUGCAAGAGAUUUCCACAAUCUCCGCAAAGUAACAUUGUAGCCGUAGGAACGGUGAUAUUUCUGCGUUUCAUUAAUCCUGCAAUUGUCUCACCCCAAGAGUCUGGUAUCAUAAAUAAACCAGUACCACAUGAAAUUAAGCGAGGCCUAAUGCUUAUGUCAAAGAUAUUGCAGAAUAUUGCAAAUCAUGUAGAAUUUAGCAAGGAGCAGCAUAUGUUGCCUUUUAACAAUUUCUUAAGAACGCAUUUUGAGAUUGGUCGACGAUUUAUCAUACAGAUAGCUUCGGAUUGUGAAACAAUUGAUCAAACCAGUCAUCCUAUGUCAUUCGUUUCGGAUGCCAAUGUAUUGGCGUUGCACAGGUUGUUGUGGAAUCAUCAAGAAAAAAUUGGAGAUUAUCUUAGUAGUAGUAGAGAUCAUAAAGCUGUCGGAAGGAGACCAUUUGACAAAAUGGCUACGUUAUUAGCGUAUCUUGGGCCACCCGAGCAUAAACCGGUGGAUUCCCAUUCGCUUUUUUCUACUACUUACGUUCGCAUGUCACGAUGGGCGAAUAAAGACAUGUCGUCCACUAAUUUUGAAGAAAUCAUGAUGAAAUAUAAUAUGCACGAGAGAGAAGAAUUUAAAAGUAUCCAAAGCAUGAAUAUUUUUUAUCAAGCAGGUACCAGCAAACAAGGCCAUCCAGUAUUUUACUACAUUUCACGACGAUUCAAACUUGGCGAAACGAAUGGCGAUCUACUGAUAUAUCACGUCAUUCUAACUUUAAAACCUUUUUAUCAUUCUCCAUAUGAUGUAGUUGUCGAUCUUACUCACACGUGUUCAGAUAAUCGGUUUAGGACAGAAUUUUUGCAAAAAUGGUUUUACGUUCUACCUGCGGCAGCUUAUGAAAAUCUUCACGCGGUAUACAUUUAUAAUUGUAAUAACUGGGUACGUGAAUACACAAAGUAUCAUGAUAGUAUCUUGGCACCAUUGAAAGGUAAUCGAAAAAUUGUUUUCAUCGAUGGCCAAGGAAAAUUAAACGACGUGAUCGAUGUCGAACAACAAAAAUUACCUGGAGCAACAUUAUCUCUGGAUGAAGACUUGAAAGUCUUCACUGGCGUCUUGAAACUAUCUCAUAAAGAAAUGAAGGUGUCCGUGAAGAUCGGACCAACGACACUACAGAUAACGCAUACAGAUAGAUCUAAAGUAUUAUCGCAAUCCAUUCUCUUAAAUGAUGUCUAUUACGCGUCCGAAAUAGAAGAAGUUUGCUUAGUGGAUGACAAUUCAUUUGUGCUAAGCAUUUCCAACGAAGCAGGACCUUUGACUUUCGCUCACAGUGAUUGCAACAGCAUCGUUCAGAAUAUAGCUCACAUUAGAAGUCGCUGGACUCUAUCGAAUCCGAACUCCUUGUCCGUUCAUUCGAAAAUCAGGCCUAAAGAUGUGCCCGGUACUCUACUGAACAUGGCUUUACUGAAUCUCGGUAGUCCUGAUCCUAAUCUUCGGACUGCCGCGUACAAUCACCUAUGCGCGCUCACAGCAACGUUUGGCUUGAAAAUAGAGGGUCAAUUGUUGGAGACGUCCGGUAUCUGCAUACCAUCGAAUAACACUAUAUUUAUCAAGCACUUGAGUGAGACUUUGGCAGCGAACGAUCCGCAUCUCACGCUCGAAUUUCUCAAAGAAUGCAUACAAGGCUUCAGAGAAUCGACCAUUGAACUGAAACAUUUAUGCCUGGAAUAUAUGACGCCGUGGCUCAGCAAUCUCGUGCGAUUUUACAAACCCCACGACGAAAGCAAGCGGCAGAAACAAGUUACAGAGAUCUUGGACGAUUUGAUUACGUUAACCGUUCAGGAAAUUGAAAUGUAUCCGAGUAUACAGGCUAAGAUCUGGAGCACAAUCGGCAUGUUGCCAGAACUGAUAGAUGGUGUUCUCGAUAUUUUUCUUCAACGUAGCACACGAUAUGGCUUAGGUUCGCCGAUGGCCGAGAUUAUGGCUGACACUGCUGUUGCUCUAGCGUCCGGUAACGUGGAACUGGUCGCCAAGAAAGUGAUUAAUAAAGUGUGUCGAAUAGUAGACAAAACGUGCAUGUCGCCGACGACACAGUUAGAACAGCAUAUAAUGUGGAGCGACAUAGCAAUCCUAGCGAGAUAUCUUUUGAUGUUAUCCUUUAAUAACUGUCUGGAUGUAGGGAAACAUUUGCCACAUCUCUUUCAUACAGUGACGUUGCUCUUAUGUUCUGGUAGUUUGACUAUGCGAGCUUCCACUCAUGGUUUAGUGAUCAACAUUAUUCAUUCAUUAUGCACAUGCAGUUCGCCUGCUUUUUCCGAAGAUACACAUAGGAUAUUACGGAUGAGCUUAGACGAGUUCUCAUUGCCCAAGUUUUACCUAUUGUUCGGCAUCAGCAAGGUGAAAUCUGCUGCUGGCACAGCCUUUUACAAACAUCCGAACUCCAGCAAUAAACCCGUGAAUGAAAAGUGGCUCAGUAGUGAUCAAAGAAGCUCGCACGGAACGCAGGACAAGGAGAGACUUUAUUUACCCAAUUUGGAAGUCAUAACUGACGCUCUUUUGGAGAUUAUAGAGGCUUGCAUGCGAGAUAUUCCGAAAUGCGAUUGGUUAAAAACGUGGACUUCGUUAGCGAAGAACUUUGCUUUCUGCUUAAAUCCAGCUUUGCAGCCGAGGGCUCUCAUCGUCUUUGGUUGUAUCAGCAAAAGUAUAACGGAUCAAGAUAUGAAACAAUUACUGAAGAUAUUGAUGAAGGCGCUCGAAAGUUUUAACGAUAUUAAUCUUAUAGAGGCUAUUGUUAUGUGCUUAACACGAUUGCAACCUCUUUUGAGACCUGAAUCUCCAAUACAUAGAUAUUUAUUCUGGAUUGCCACAUCCGUUCUAGAGUUAGACGAAACGUCGUUAUACGCAUCCGGUUUGGCCCUUCUAGAGCAAAAUUUGCAUACACUUGAUUCGCAAGGCACUUUCGACGAGAAGACACUAGAACACGUAAUGAUGUCAACGCGUGAACCUUUGGAAUCUCAAUUUAAACUAUUGGAUUACACCGUGGGCUUGUCCUUUAAGUCUAACUUUCAUUUCGCGCUAGUUGGUCAUCUCUUGAAAGGCUAUAGGCAUCCUACACCAACUACAGUCACCAGGACGGUCAGAGUAUUGACCAUGUUACUGGCAAUCAUAGCUAAACCUUCCAAAAGGGAUAAGUUUGAAGUAACGCCUGAAAGUGUCCCUUACUUAACUGCGCUAGUGGCCGUGUCAGAAGAGGUUCGUAGCAGGUGUCACAUUCGACAUUCGCUCGACAAAAGCUUACACGAUUCAUCAGGCAGUUCAGACGUUCUUGACACUUUACCAUCGCGCAAUACGGAAAUGCCUGGAGCUUCUAAUCCUAGAAGGCAGAAAACUUGGGAUUUAUUGGAUCAAUCAGCACUUACUCAAGCAAAACAACAAAAACAAUCUGCACAGACUGGCCGGCUUUUAUUUAAAUCGCAGCGAUCUUUGAGUGUGCCGAGCGCAAAGGACGACAAGUCAACGGACAACACAGAACAACAGAGAGAUCGGAGUACGAGAGUGAGUUUAAGCAACGAAAAUAACGUUUUGCUCGAUCCGGAAGUGUUAACAGAUUUUUCAACACAGACUUUGGUGCUGACUAUGCUGGCCACGCUAGUAAAAUAUUCUACUAGCGAAAACGAAACGCGAAUUCUUUAUGAGUAUUUAGCGGAAGCAACUAUAGUUUUUCCGAAAGUUUUCCCAGUCGUAUAUAACUUGCUUGAUGCGAAAAUCAUCAGUGUAUUAUCUUCUUGUCAAGAUCAAGUAAUAUUAAGUGCGGUACAAACGAUUAUUCAAAACAUGAUUGCCUGUGAAGACUCAAAUCAACAUCAUUUGCAACAUUAUUUGCAAACUUGCGGAUUUCGGGGUCUUUGGAGAUUCGCAGGUCUUUAUACGAAUUCUAAUUGUACACAUGAGAAUGCUGAGUUGUUUGUUAAUUGCCUGAAAGCAAUGGUAGAAAUAUUGGAAACAUAUUUGAUACAAGAAUCGAAUAGUAAAGAGGAAGUUAUUAUCAGGAAAAGUAAACGGGCCAAUAAUUGUCAAACAGACAACACAGAAUCUAAAACAAAAUCCAAAAUAGAAUCCAAAACAAAAUCAUCUCCAGUCCAAGAACAAAUUCGUGUCCAAGAACAAAGCGAAAUUGACGUUCAUACAGAUCGUAAUACGGAUAACAAGCGAGACGAUUCAGUUGAUAUACGUCGAGCUGAAGAUACGGGUGGUGAUGAUGGUGGUGGCCAUUCACAUUCUUAGCAAUUAAUUUAUGAUACUGACAGACAGUGUGAUAAAAGUGUGCAUAAAAGGCAAAAUAAUCGAAAGUUGCAACGACAGAUGAGGUGUGCGAACUCUAAAUAAUCGCAUUGUAAAUAUAGAACCUCGCACACAUUUAUCCCCUAUUUCUGCUGCAACAUGUCAAGUUUAGUACAAUACCGUCAGUUUAGUAUAAUGCCGUCCACGAUAUA